UCGUAAAUUUUUCUGGAAGUAGAUGGAAAUGACCCAAUUACAUAUUUCCCCUGCUCACAGACAUUUUCAUUGCACCUAGAAAACCAGUUUUUUGUUAGAAAAUCGAUCCACAUCAAUGGCUCUUGUGAGAACAUCUCCAGGAACCUCCUCUGAUUCCAACACUUUUCGGAGUUAUCGCUACAACGUGUUCUUGAGCUUCAGAGGCGAAGAUACUCGCAAGACUUUUACCGACCACCUCUACACAGCCUUGAACAACGCAGGAUUUCUUACGUUCCGAGACGACGAUGAACUUGAGAGAGGAGAAGAUAUAAAGCCAGGACUGCAGAAAGCGAUCCAGCAGUCACGAACUUCUGUUGUCGUGUUUUCGAAAGAUUACGCUUCAUCCAGGUGGUGUCUUGAUGAGCUUGUGCUGAUCCUUGAACGCAAGAGGACCACCUCGGACCAUGUAGUUUUACCAGUCUUCUACGAUGUCGAUCCGUCCCACGUGAGGAAGCAGACAGGAAGUGUUGGAAAAGCAUUUGCUAGAAGCCAGAAAAAUCAGUCGUCGGAAAAGGUGGAGGGAUGGAGGAAGGCACUUGCAGAGAUUGCAGACCUAGCAGGCAUGGUCUUACAAAAUCAAGCUGAUGGGUAACUUUCAUUAUCUCCAUUUCUCUUCUCUUUCUUGGGUCAAUUUGAUGUAUGAUCCGUGGUGACCUAGAUUUUUAUAUGUUUAUUAAUUCAAUCUCAGUAGUGAAUAAUAAUCUCAAUUUAGGUCAACUUAAAGAAAUCACACUCAACUCAACUUAAGGAUUAGUCAUUUUCCAUGUUAAUCUACUGGUUUCCAGUUGCUUAAAUUUUUUUGAAAGCUGGUGUGGAAAAAAGUUAGGAUGUGAUCUGUCAUGUAUUUGUCUAUAGUUUGUAUAAAUUAUGCGCUGUA